GCUCUUUCGAUCUCGGCUCUCAGGUCUGCAACCACCUGCCGCACGGCAGUGGCGAACUCCGCGUACGAGUAGACGCGUCUCGGCUUUCUCUCUCUCUGGGAGGGAGACCAGUCGAAUUUCCGGGAGAAUCUAUACCGCAGAAGGAAGAUCAAGAUAGACGGAAAUCGAAUGAAACAAGGCCCUCACUGUCAGUCGAAAGAUAUAAUUGUCGUUAAAUUCAAUAUAGAUGGCGGAAUAAUAAACCUACUCUUGUCGGGUGCCACGCCGGGAUGCUGGAGCGAAUCCAUUGAGACACCCUAUCGUGAAUGACGUAGCAGCCCGGAGAAAACUCUCCCUGGCCUCGAAUCCGCCGCAGGGUCCAAGGGUCAGGGUCAUCCGCCCGGCUCCUCCGAGGGAAAAUAGGUCACCCGGGCAAACCCCACCUACUUUCGGGGCCGACACGGUUUCGCCACUGACAACAACACCCAUCGACGCUUCGUGAUAGAUGAUGUGCGAAUUAGCGAGAUCAUGCAUCUCGGAGGCGUGAAUCCUGCAGCCGUGGGGAUUUGGCCAAUGCUCUCCGGCUACGACAAGCUAGACUUUGCCAAGUCGCGGAGUCCCGAAGUUCAGGACCUGGUCCAAGGAACACUUUUUUGAGGCUUCAACCCAUCGCCGAGAAACCGGAUCGAAGAUGGUUGAUCUCGGGGAUACUGGAAGCAGGGGUGGCAGAUGGGUUUGUCCAAACGACAGGCAUCUUGCCCUAAGAGCAAAAUUGCGUACCGGAUGGUCUGUGAAGACAGGGUCACUGGAUUACAGAAGCGACUAUCCUUCCGGGCCACAAGUUACCCUUACGGAGGAGGAACGCUGCACCAUUAUAGAGCUUCAUUUGCAGAUUUUGUCAGUAACACGUGUCACCAACAAAAGUCGAUUAACCCCGAAACGGUUAUUCGUAGAGCGGAAGCGCUGGAUUUAUCGGAACAGGAGCGAGUGGGAAGAUUGGUCGACAGGCUGGAGAACAUGAAGCGUAAUUGCGUGAGUGCCGGAAACUUGUCUGGAAGUGCAGACACCUCGCACAGUCGAUAUUCUUGCGCAUUAUGCGGUGAGAAAUUCACUGUUCUUGGAGCUGGUCCGGCGAUCUGCAAGGAUUGUCGCAAGCACAUUUGCCAGAAAUGUGGUAUUGAAGCAACGAUGGUGUCGUGCGGAUCACAGAUUGGCUUUGCGCAAAAUUCCCAACGACCCAGGCUAUUCCUCUGCCGAAUCUGCUCGGAAACCAGAGAAAUGUGGAAAAAAAGUGGCGCCUGGUUUUUCAAAGGACUUCCGAAAUACGUUCUACCCGAUAAGAAACUCGAGCGUGGCAGACCGAGACGCACCUCGAGAGCAUCGUCGUGGGCUGUUGUCAACAACCUGAGGUCCCUGGAGUCUCUGGAGCCAGAUUCAUCUUCUGACGAAGACGCGGGUCGUCGCUUGGCGAUGAGCCGUUCGCUCGGAACUCACGAGGCUUCAUCGCCAACGCCAACUUUGGCUGAGGAGAAGAACAAUCGAUCCUCGACGCCAGUUUUUGGGCCAAGAGGCGACGCUUACAGUCGGCAGAAUUCCGGAAACGCGGGAGAUUACAGUAACGGCCUUAGAUCGGCUUCUGCUACCGAUGUCGGUCAGAGUCAAUUUUCCUCCACUGCAUCUGUGCAACCGCUUCCCUCGCCACGAGGUUCAGGUCAUGGAAUGCAAGGCCGGAACUCUGGGCAAGGAUUUCAGUCCCAGUUUAUGAACGAGCAUCGUCAGACAUCCGCGGACCAACUUAACAGCAAUCAGGUACACAGCUUCAGGAAAGACUCCAUAGAGUCGAGCAGCAGCCAGGGGCUCAUGAUGUUGGAUCAAAAUCAGAGUCACAGUCUACUCCACUAUCACGAAAUGGAUCCGGAGAUCCUGGUCGUGAACAACGAGGGUCCGAUCAACAAUCAGAACCAUUCCGAGGCUCUGCAGCAAAUAGUACGGGGACUAGCUGCGGCAGCGGGGGAUGGAUACGGGACACUGGAAGUCUCAUUGCUAUACGACCCCGCGGCACAGUACCUCCAGUGCAGAGUGCAGCGUGCGCGAGGCCUUCGUCCCAUGGACAUCCACGGUCUGACAGAUUCGUUCUGCAAGCUAAACAUCCUCCCAAUUGCGAUCGGGAGCCCGUCCCAGCGACUCAGGACAAAAACUGUUCACAAGACCCGGGAUCCGGAGUACAACGAGAUGGUAACAUUCUACGGCAUCACGGAGACAGACAUGAAAAAUGGCAGAGCACUUCACAUAUUGGUACUUCAAGACGACCGAGCGGGCAAGGAUUUCCUAGGAGAAGCCAAGCUGCCGCUCUGUCAGCUUCAACCGUAUCGAAUGAUCCACUACAAUGUUUAUCUGGAGAAUCACUGCCAGGUGGACCACGAAGAGGAAGUUUGGGGCGAGGAUCUGAGUCCAAGGGGUCAAAUUCUGGUAACCCUGAGCUACAGCACUCGCCGACGCGCCCUCUUGGUCAACAUUUUGCGCGCUGCGAAUCUGCCGGCAAUGGACAGCAACGGGUUCUCUGACCCCUUCGUGAAGCUGUACCUGAUAAAGCGGCCGGAAGACAACUCGCAGCAAACGAGCGGGUCCUUCUCCAACAUCCAGUACAACAAAAAGAAGGAAUCUCGAAAACCAACUUCCGCAAUUUACAACACAGGAAUCAAGUGGAAGACCCUAAACCCAGAGUGGAACGAAGAGUUCGCUUUCGAGACACGGCUCACGGAUCUCACCAGUCAGAUGUUGUGUCUCUCCGUUUGGGACAAGGACCUCGGAAAGAGCAACGAUUACCUGGGAGGUCUCAUACUGAGCUGCAGCAGCAAAGGAGAGCGUCUGAGACAUUGGAUAGACGCAAUCAAAUUCCCGGACCAUCGCCAUCAAGCAUGGCACAGUCUGCAAGAGGAUCCCAUCCCAACAGAAUGAGUAGUCACUAUAAAUCGUGAGCUAAUAAUUUGUUACGAUGUGCACUAUACGCAAGUAUAAGGUUAUCGCGAAAACAUGUCGCAAUAUAAUAUUGUAAGUCUCGUGAGUAUAAUUACAUUCCGUGCCAAAGUAAUUUGUUUACUCUGCAACUGACGUGAAGUAAAGUUUCUGCAAUGCAAGAUGAGUUUAUAUGCUGAAUCUGUAACAACCAAGUUGAAAUCGAAGGAUUUAUUCAAAGUCAUUCAAGAUCUCUGUUUCUAGUAAAUAAACUGGCGAUGGGCGUUUUCUAUUAAACAAAAAAAUUAUAAUUAAUUAAUAAGGUAUAAAUGUUUGCCGAAUGUAUAAACCGUGGUGCGCAUAUAAUAAGUGAUAAACUAAAAAUCUGAUUGAAUUUUUUUCAAAUUUUUGUGUCACGUCAAUGGAACUAGGGAUUGCCAAUUUCUUAUUUAUAACAAGUUGAAUGAUGAUGAAGUUUAGUGCAAUAUUAAUCUUUACAUGCUAAUCGAAUAAAAAGUAAUUCAAUAGUUGGCUAGAUUGUAGUGUGAUUUUUUUGGAUCAUAAAAGAUGAAUUUGUAGGCAAGAAAAAAGGCCUCAUAAUUUAGUAAAUGAUUAAGGACGUGAGUCACAGGCAGACUGAUUCGGAUUGUUUGAAUUGUGACCCAUAUUCUCAACAUUGAAUUAUGUGGUUUGAUACUCUUAUAUAGAUGAAAAUUGUUGACAUUAAAGUCUCCUUCCAGCCAUUGUAACAAUGACAAAUAUUAUUACACAUAAAUCGAUUUAUCUAAGCUGUUCAAGAUAUAAAAUGAAACAUGUUGAAAGAAAAUAUAUACUUAUAUAUAUAUAUAUACAUAUAUUUAUUAUGUAUAAUGUACACAUUAGAGUGGCCGUUUUUUCAGCUUUGGCAAAACUUUUUCGGUCACCGCUUAAGAAUGUGAUCAAAAUGUGUGUAAAGUUUGAAAGCGUUCAAAUAAUUUUAACCCGUGCCGUCGAGCGAUUAAAAUUUUAAAUGAAAAAUGUAUACAUGUUUUCGAUACCAAUCCUUGAAUGUAUAUUGCACACGUAAUACCAAUCGUAAAAGUCGAAAAUUUGGUAAUUUUUCUACUUACAAACAUUACAAAGAUAAUACAGAUGGGUAUUUUCAAUUUUUCAAACUUUUUGAUCACGGCUCAAAAAAUCUGCAAAAAUAGGAUUUCAUAUCUCAUAGUGUGCGCAAAAAGUGUGCCGAGUUAAAAAUUCUUUUCACCGAUAUUAUACUGCAUGUCUAAUAGCAUAAGGUCGUAAAACGCUCUCUGACGACCUUUUGUUGUUGAAAAAGGCAAAGGGGCGUAUAAUUUUUUUUUUCAUCGUAUCCAAGCUUAAAGCAUGAAAAUAUGGUCAGAAACGUUGAAAUUGAAUUACCAUUUAAUAAUGAUCAAAUGGAAGGUCGUGUGUCCUGGUAGAUAUGAGCUUCUACUAGGUAUUGAUUCAAUCAUAAAAAUGUCGACUAAUUGUAAGACGACUAGUUCCUUAAGAUUGCAUCUGCUGAAAAUAAAUUUUUUCACUUUUCUCGGGCUCAAGUAUUAAUUCAUCAACUAAAAGCGAAAGGUCGUACGUACUGAUAGAUACGACCGUUAGGUUCUGGUAAAAUUUGAAAAAAUUAUCUACUACGGUAAUUGCAUAAAGGCGUAACUGCCAAAAAUUAUUAUUUUGUUAUUCCUGUCAUUCCGGUAAUUGAUGAUUCGGAUAAUCAAUGUUCAGAAAAUUGACAUGCUCACUGUUUAACUUUUUGUUUUUAUUGUCGAGGAUUAAAAUUUUUUUAAAGAUUUCUGAAUUGUUGCAGAUUUUGAUUCAUCUGUGGGAUCUAGUGAUUUUUUUUUUUUUUUUUUUCUUUAAGAUGGCUGCGACCUUUUGUUCUGAUCUUUUUUUUCGUGUAUAC